UUCAUCCAUGAGCUCGGAUUUCCCACAUUACAACUUCAGGAUGCCUAAUAUUGGAUUCCAGAAUCUGCCUCUCAACAUAUAUAUUGUGGUUUUUGGCACUGCUAUAUUUGUCUUCAUCCUUAGUUUACUCUUCUGUUGCUACUUGAUUAGGCUAAGACAUCAAGCACACAAAGAAUUUUAUGCCUAUAAACAGGUUAUAUUAAAAGAGAAAGUAAAAGAACUGAAUUUACAUGAACUCUGUGCAGUGUGUCUAGAAGACUUCAAGCCUCGAGAUGAGUUGGGGAUUUGUCCGUGUAAACAUGCCUUCCACAGAAAGUGCCUUAUUAAGUGGCUGGAGGUUCGGAAAGUGUGUCCACUGUGCAACAUGCCAGUUCUGCAGCUGGCCCAGCUGCACAGUAAGCAGGACCGUGGACCCCCACAGGGGCCCCUGCCAGGGGCAGAGAACAUUGUAUAGCUCACCACAGGAUCAAACUGUUGCAGGACCCACGCUCACAGAGGCAGGCGGAACACACAUGCUCUGUGUUGGCUGUUCUACCCAGGCACCAGCUGCCACUUCCUUUGCCUCAUGAAAAACUCCUGGGCCAGCUAAGCUAAGACCCAGACUUCUGGGUCAUGUGACAACCAAAGCUGACAGUACCCACGUCCCACGCCAAGAGAAGAGAAGUUAAAUGAGCCUGCAGGUUUGGUUCAAGGAGCUUCAUGAGAGUCUCUUGCCAACUCAAUUACAUGCUGUCGUCCAGACACUUCUCUCCAUGUCAGGUGACUUUUGUCAAGCAGAAGGGAAAGAUAAACACAAGUGCUAGAGAAAGGAACUGAGGGCAGGUCUUUAAAGCCACCCACACCCCGCCCUGUGGACAGAUGAGCUUCUAUGCAGACUGUGCAUGCCUGAGCAGCAGCAAACCUUCCCGGCAGCCCCUGAGCCAAGCAAAACCAGCGGUUACCUCAGCCGAAGCACGACCGGUUGCCUGGUUGGUGAGACAGUGCCAACAAAGGCUUUUCACCUUAUAUUCCUUUGAUAAAAUCAUCUUGGAACCCAAGGGCUUUGGUUACAGUGCCCCUCACCAUCACUUCUCCCUGUUUUACAACAUCUGCUUAUCAAGUUACCUAAGCUAAAAACAUUAGAUGUGCUUGGAAAGGCCUGGUCAGAAGCCAUUUCCUCUUAUUCCACACCCACCUCACCAGUGAGGCACAGCCAAGCUGCCCAUCGGGGGCCUCCCGUGGGCCUGGGCCUCUGAGCCCUUGCUGUCCCUGUGUGCCCCAGGGGGCCUCGGAGAGCUGCCCACAUUCCCCCAUUCAGUGUGGUUCCAGCAUAGCUGCUGGUCUUGGCUCACUGUCUUGGGAGGGAUCCCCUGGGAGCCCUCAGACAGCUGAGAAUGGCUAGUCCUCCUGGCCCUGCUGAGACAGGAGGAUGCUGGCCCUCUUUCCCCUUCUUGCCCUCUCUCUCCCUACUUCAGAGAAAAUGCUGGCAUUGACUUUUUAACGACUUAAAACAUCCCAAAUAAGAUCCCUCUGUAAUUCUUUAGCCAGGGACCCACUUGAAAUUGUAAAUAGUUUCAGGAAGCUCCUGCAGGGCUGUUUACUCACUGGUGUGUGCCUCAGUAUUCGGACUUGCGAAAACUAAUUGCUAUUGCAAGUAUCUUUAUAGGAGAGAAAUGCAUGUUACUCUUUGGCUCUUUCUGUCCAACUUUUCUAGAAGUGACUCAGAGUCCUUUAGAUUCAUGAAUAUUGUAUAAAUUAGCUAAGAACUUUGUAGUUCUUUUCCACAGCCCUGUUCUCAAUCUCCUUCCAUUCUAGGGAUGGGUUCCUUGUCAUCAGCUUUGCCUCUGCUCCCUCACAGGUGUGAGGGGGGCGGUUUCUCACUGGAAAUGCUGUCUGCAUGGUAUGGAGAGAUGGAGGAAGCUUUGCAAUUCUGAUGAUGGCACUUAUCCAAGAACUUUUUCUGGAAUCCAGCCUCUACCGUCUUAGAAUGGGAAAGGGAACCUGUCCAUGGCUCAGGUAGCUACAGUCAAAGGAUGAGGAAAAUUCCUAUUAGCCUAGGAAAGUGCUGGGCAGAAUCCAGUUUGGAAAAUUACAAGUCCACUUGGUCAGAAUUGGCUGUUUCCGUGUGACCUAGCGUAUGGUAUUCCUAUGGUAUGCCAACUGGACUGUUUCUUAAACAGGGCAAGUAAAGUGUGGAAUAUUUUUAUAUGAAAGCCUUAGCCUGUUUGGCACCCAUGAAAAGAAUUAUUUGUACACUUGGACUUUCACCCUGUUUCUGCGUUCUCUGUAGCAUAAUAGAGUUGAAUGCUGCAAAGCACCCAGUUUACAGUGAAAUAUUGUUAGUGACCAAGUAGGCUUGCUUCUGGGCUAGCCUAGUUAAUGACCACCAACCCAUCAUUUUCCCUGGAAUGGCGUCGAGACAAAUGUCAUCUUGUCAUUAUGGGCUUCGAAUAAGAAAGAGAAUUUUUUCCCCUCAGAGGAAUGCUUGAGCUCUAUACUGCUCUGUAGGAAUAUAGCCUUCCAGUUGCAGCCUUUUUCUGUCCCUGUGUCAGUAACAAGGAGGCAGCUUCACCAAGUCCCUGUGUUUAUAGGGAGGCUCAUUAAUUCAUUUUACUGUGUCACAGCUAAAAGCAGAGGUCAUUGGUAUGCACUGGACCAGAGGUGCAAAGCCAGACAGUUUAGAGGAAAGCUUGAGAAGGCUGUGCCCUCUCCACUUGGCACCAUAGUGGGUCUGCUUUGCCCCAGGAGGUGCCACUAAUAUGACCUCAACACUUGUGAAUGUGGGGAGGGUUUUAAAAAUGCAGCAUUUCCACUCCGAUGGGGCUGGACAUUGAAGUGCCGAGUGCCCGCUCUGCUCAGUCAUCUCCCCUUUCUUGGUGUGGUGUCCUUUUGCAGCAUAGCCACUGUCACUUGGCAGUUAGCAACACAACCUGAAUGCAUUUGCCACCCACAUUUGGGCCCUCCUCCAGCACUUCCCUGUACUGCACGUGGCUAGCAGCGGUUAGUCACAGCAUUGUGUGACAAAGGUAAAUUUCCAUCUGGACUUUUUUAAAAGAAUGAGUCAAGGAUCCCUUAAUACAUUCAGCUCAGGCUCACACCUCACAGUGAGGCUGCUGUCCACAUUUGUCUGAGUAGGUGACCUUUUGAUAAUCUAUUGACACGUGGGGACUCUGAUCUGCUUUUGGGCCACUGGCUAAUAACUUUUUUUUUUUUUUUUUACUUAACACAUCUUAAGUAGCUCCAAGAUUGGACGUUACUUGUGUGCCAUGGGUUAGUGGAAUAGAGCUCAGCCCGGAGUUCACCUGGUUUUAGAAAUGAAACAAAACCAGCCUGACUUGGUUCUUGGUUGUUAUAUUUACUUUGAGACUGUGACUUGGGUUAGGCCUAUUCCAGGAAAGGAGCAGGACAAGACAGAAAUGAGCAGAUUGGAACAGGUGGCCCAUGGAUGAGGGCAUCUGGGCUGAGGGAUACCAGGGACCUCCCACCAUUGUCAUAUAGCCAGUUCUUCACAAGUCUUGACAAAUGAGUCUUUUCCCCAAUGCCAAGCCCCUUGGAUCCUAACCUCAGGCCCUUUCCACAGCCUGACUCCAAAGUCUGUCAUCUCCAUGACCUCAUCCCACUCUGUUAAGCUAUUCUUAAUGACUGUAGAAAUUACUGGGAGGCAUCCCCAGAGCUCUGGACAGAAAAAGUGAUCAGACUGAUUUGAAGCAUCUCUGUCACUCACCAGCCAGGUGCCUGUCAGUUCUCUUAUCCAUCACCCAGGGACUAUACUGGUGUCUAUCUACUGGCCCUUGCAAGGAUUAGCUGUGUCCAGAGCCUGGCAGGUGACAGAUCUGAGUCAUGGGAGCAGAUAAUGGGCGUUUGUCACGCAGGUCAUGUGGGCUCCUGUUGUCCCAGGUCUGCUGGCUCCCUUCCUCUUCCCCUCACCUCCAUCUGCCUUUGCAGUGCUCCCUGAUUGGUUGCUUACUGUGGAUAUCUUUUUAAAUUUAACUCUGAAUAGGUAAUCCCUUCCCACAGUUCAUAAAUCAGUCUUCCUUGUAUCCCUGACCUCCAGCAAGCCCAGCUUCUCACCCCUUGAGCAUCUAGUUUUGCUCCUUAUGUAUCCUCCCAGAGGUCAUUUAUGUAUAUACAAGUACACACACAUGUAUGUAUGUGUGUGUGCGGAAGGGGGGAGGUGUUCUUUUUGCUCAUGUGAUACUGAAGUACAUUCAGGAGCAUUCCUAUUCAUAUGGGAAGAGCUGUACCAGAAGUCAGAAUAUCUGCAAAAGGUGAGCCCAGAAUGGGGGAUGAUCCUUUUACAAUCACAUUCCUUUUGAAAAUGGCUUUUUUAUUGUUGAUUGCAGCACACUGGAAUUCUAGUUUUCUAUACAAAUCAGAAACUGUAGUCCCUCCCUGACUCCUACCACACAUGUCCAGAUGACUGGAGCACAACCAGUUUCCAGACUUGCUGAUCUGUGACAGGACACACAAGAGCAGGCUCUGUAGCCAAGAGCAGCAGUGCAGGCCCAGCAAUUUUGCAGCCACCUGGACAAGCUGCCCCACACCAUCUUGGCUAGUUGCAAGGGAAGCCUGAGUGCAGCAGUGAUGUCUCUUAACUCUCUUGCUUUCUUAGGCGAGCACCCAUUUUUGAGGCAGGAGUUCAAGCAGCAGCAGCAACUGAAGGCUGAGGCACCACCUUUCUAUCUUGUGAGGCAGUUGUCUCAGAUGUUGCUAAACAAGUAGGUGGUCAAUCAUAGAUGUUCGGGUACAUGGAUCAGGCUCCUUUCCCCUCCCACUUUAAAACAUGCUUCCCCUAGUUUUUUCCUAGCCCAACACUUUUCACUCAAUGACAUUCCCCACCUUUUAAGAAAUAUUUUAAGUUCAUUUUUGCCCCUAGAGAAUAUGGAAAUUAAAGCUUCCUUUAGGUAGCCAUGGGGCCAUGGACUAGUGCCUCUUGGUCCUCACCCACCUCCCAGUGUCCUGCCACCCAUACUUUCCCCAGGAUUCAGUGCUUUUGCGCCCCUGACCUGAAACUUGAAAAGGAAUUGCAGGGAACCUCCACCCUUCUGUCAUGUGAUGAAUCUCUGGCCCUGGGUUAGUCUUUCACGUUAGCUGUUAAGAACUUGAGUAAAGGACAUGUCUAAAUUAACAGUGUAUAAAUUUAGGUGAAAUUUGCAGUUGAUAACUAGAAUAUGCUGGGUCAUGGUUCUUUAGUAGAUAAGAUUAACGUGCUUACAUUUGAGAGUAUCAAGAGGAACAUAGAAAGGCUUGGUCAGUUUUCCAGUUGUUUUAGAGCCCACUUGUUCCAAGAUGCUAAUUGUUUUCUCCGUUUUAGACCAAACAUCAGCAUUCUUUGCUUACCAAUACAGGGCUCACUUCUGUGGCUACAGGGACAAGGAGAACACCCUGCCUGCUCUAGGGGCAUGUACUCAGAAAGGGAGCCUGCCAAUAUUAAGGGACUUGUCUGUACUUUGAUGUAGCUCCUAUGCCAGUACAAGCCUGGUGGAUCAGCACCGUGGGCCAGCUGCACACCGUCCCUGUCUGCUCCUUCCCUCCCAGGUUCCGAGAGAAAAAGGAGGCAGAUGGGACCAGUGUUGAAGUCCCUCCUGGUGACACCGUCUUCCAAGAUAGUGUUCCUGAUCAUUGUCGUCUCUGGUAACAGAUCACUGCCAGGAAGGAAGGUAGUUUAGCCAUGUAGUCUAGCCCACUGGGGUUCAUUCACUAGACAUUAUGUAACUCCCUCAAUAAAAGGUUUAUGAAAUGCUGAGCCUCAGGUUUCAUAGACGUGUUUGUACACUAAGAAUUCUGCAGCAGAAUAUUUUUAAACAUUCGCAGUUUUUUGUAAGCUAUAUUUUUGUAUAUUUAAUUGCUAUUUUAAAGUUUUAAUGCAUUUUUUGCUAAUUACUCUUGUUUAAAAAAUAAAACAUGCAUGUAAUUGACUUAAAUGUAAAUAAAGAGCAGAUUUUGAAAACUACUUAAUGUUAAUCAUGUACCCACUGGUGGACACUCACACCCCACGUAAGCUUGUGUAGCAAGAGUGGGAAAGUCAAGGUGAGUAGGGCACAGCAACAGGUGACUGUGAUGAAGGAGCUCCUGGCCUGUCCCCCCACAGUGUGGAGUGAAGGUCAGGGGUGAUGAGUAAAGCACUAGGCCACAGUGAGGGAGAAAGCAGAGAAGCCAAGGCCUCACCUGCCACUGGCCUCAGCUUUGCAGAUGCGGCUGGACACAGGUAGUUUCCAAAAUACAGGCACUAGUCUCAGGGGAGUAAAGUGUCAGAACUAGGCCAUUCCUCACACCUCUCACUACACCCCAGACCUGCAAAUAAACUUCUAUUAGGAAGGAAAAAAAACAUCUCUUGGUCCAAAGUCACCCUGUGGUAGCUGCUAUUUCUCACCAACCCUUGCUAGGACUUCUGUGGAUCAAUCAGCUUCUGCCCCAUAGCUUUGGGGAAACUGUUCCCCUCGAGGCCAUCUCUGGGCCUCCUCUUAACCCUCAAUGCAGGUGUCUGGAGGGCUCCUCUCCCCUGUCUCCUGAGCAACAGACCCCUAGCAUCCCCCUCUGACCUCGCUUCAGUUUUCUUCACAGCCUUUCCCUUCUCUGCCCAUCAACUGUUUUUCAAUUACAGCUCAAAACCAAGCCCCCCCAAUAAGCUUAUGCCCUUAUAGAAACUUCCUCCACCAUAUCCUAUCAUCACAUCCCAAUACUCAACCCUCUAACCAUCCACCUGUCCCCACCGGGCCAUCUACUGCUCCCAUUUUCGUGUAGGCCUCUAGUGGGGAGCGUGUGGUGGGGCCCUCAGGCUACCAUCUGGAGGGCAGAUUGCAAAGGACAACUGCUGAGAUAAGAUGGCAGUGGUUUAAACUAGGGUGGUGGCAAUGGUGAAUGGAGACUGAGUUUACGUGCAUCUCAAGCUGGAGGGAGUGAAGAAGAUGAGGGGGGGUGCAGGGGAAAGGAUGUGGAUACUUCUGUGUAGGGAUGGCCUUGGAGA